AUGACUACUCUAGUUACACAACAGCCUGGUAAUAUCAGAAUUAGCAAUGGCUUUGGUUCCAAUGAUACUGGUGCAAGUUCAAGUGCAAGUGGUGUCACCGCUGUUCUUCUUCUUAGUGCCUUUGUCACUGCUUGUAGUGCCUUUGCUGGUGGAUUUGUGGCGGGGUACUCGGCCCCUGCUGAAUCUGGAAUUAUUGCUGAUUUGGGACUUUCUGUGGCUGAGUAUUCAGUUUUCGGUUCCAUAAUGACAAUUGGUGGAAUGGUAGGUGCAGUAACAAGUGGGAAAUUAGCAAAUAUCGUUGGUCGUAAAUAUACUAUGUGGAUUCUGGACAUAUUUUACAUAAUGGGGUGGCUUGCAAUAUAUUUUGCUAAGGGAGCUUGGUUGCUCGACCUCGGAAGACUGUCUUUGGGAUUUGGAUAUGGACUGACUUGUUACGUGGCACCUACUUACCUAUCAGAAAUUACACCCAAGAAUCUUAGGGGAGGAAUUACGUCAGUCUCUAUGGCAAUGAUACCUGUUAGUGUAUCAGUUGCAUAUCUGAUUGGUUCUGUCAUCAACUGGCGUGCCUUGGCUCUAAUAGGAGCUAUUCCAUGUCUAUUACUACCUUUUGGUUUAUUCUUCAUUCCAGAGUCCCCAAGAUGGCUGGCAAAGAUUGGUCGAGAAAAAGAAUUUGAAGCUGCACUACAAUGCCUUAGGGGAAAGAAUGUUAAUAUUUCUGAAGAGGCUGCUGAUAUCAAAGAUUAUACUGAAAACAUCCAGAAGAUCCCAGAAGACAAAAUCCUUGACUUGUUUCGGCAGAAAUAUGCUCAUUUACUCAUUGUUGGAAUUGGACUGAUGGUACUGCAACAAUUUGGAGGGAGUAAUGGAUAUGCAUAUUAUAUGAAUGAAAUUUUUGAACUGGCUGGUGUGCCAAGUAUUACUGGGUUUAUGGUGGUAUCCAUUCCUCAGAUUCCGGCAAUCAUUUUGGGAUCAAUCUUGAUAGAAAAAUUUGGAAGGCGGACAUUAUUGAUGGUUUCUGUUACCGGGGAAUGCUUAGGUUGCUUUCUUACUGGACUAUCAUUCGUAUUGCAGAACCUUAACUGGUGGAUGGAAGCCACUCCUACUUUGAUGCUUUCAGGCAUAGUGGUUUUUGGGGUAUCCUAUUCAUUGGGUAUUGGAUCAAUACCAUGGAUUAUAAUAUCAGAGAUAUUUCCUAUAAAUAUAAAGGGUUCAGCUGGAAGCAUUUGCAAUGCAGUCAAUUGGUUUUGCACUUGGCUUGUUUCAUUCACAUUUAACUUUCUAGUAGAAUGGAGCCCAGCAGGAACAUUUUUCAUAUAUGGAAGCACGUCAUGUUUGGGUGUUCUGUUCAUUGCAAAGCUGGUACCUGAGACUAAAGGGCGAACUCUAGAAGAAAUACAAGCAUCACUCACUCAUAUUCUGCAAUCAGAAUCUCUCUGUGUGCCACUCACACAUACAAAGAUAAUUUCUUUUCCACUAUUCUUGCUCAGUCUGUUAUCCAAGGAAGCAAAUAUGGAGGAUGAACUAGUGAUAAAGCCCCUACUUGUAAAACAAGAGCCUGAUAACAUAAGUGAUAGCAAUGACCAUGGUGAUAGUAGUGGUGCUGGUGCUGCUGUUAGGCCAAAUGAUUCCAGUGCCACUGUUAUUCUCGUUAUCAGCACCUUUGUGGUUGCUUGCAGUACCUUCACUGGUGGCAGUGUUGGAGUAUAUUCAUCACUUGCUGAGUCUGGAAUCAUUGCUGAUUUGGGCCUCACUGUAGCAGAGUACUCAGUGUUUGGAUCAAUAAUGACAAUUGGAGCAUUGAUAGGGGCACUAGUAAGUGGGAGGACAACAGAUCUCAUUGGUCGUAGAUGUACAUUCUGGAUUGUGGAUAUAUUCUACAUCAUGGGGUGGCUGGCAAUAAUUUUCUCCAAGGGUGUAUGGUUGCUCGACUUCGGAAGACUAUCACUGGGACUUGGAUUUGGGCUUACCUGUUUUGUGGGACCAGUGUACCUUGCAGAAAUAACACCAAAGAAUCUAAGAGGAGGAUUUAUGUCAAUCGCCCUGUCGAUGGCAAGUUAUGGCGCUUCUUUCUCCUUUCUCAUUGGUUCUUUCAUCAGCUGGCGCAUGUUGGCCAUUAUAGGUUGUAUUCCAUGUCUGUUACUGCUCCUUUGUCUAUUUUUCAUUCCUGAGUCUCCUAGAUGGUUGGCAAAAAUUGGCAAGGAAAGAGAAUUUGAAGCUGCUCUACAGCGGCUUAAGGGACAGAAUGCUGAUACUUCUCAUGAGGCAUCUGAAAUCAAAGAUUAUACAGAAAAUCUUCAAAAAAUCUCGGAUGACAAAAUUCUGAAUUUGUUUCAGCGAAAAUAUGUUCAUUUAGUCAUUGUUGGAGUUGGGCUGAUGGUAGUGCAAGGACUGGCAGGGCCCUAUGUGUUUACGUUUUAUAUGAGCGAAAUUUUUGAUUCAGCUGGUAUCUCUAGUACUGUUGGUUAUUUAGUAGUGGCUAUUUUUCAGAUUCCCGCAACUGUUUUGGGUGCAUCAUUGAUAGAUAAAUUUGGAAGAAGAACACUUUUGAUGGCUUCUGCAUUUGGGGAAUGCUUAGGUUGCUUCCUUGCAGGAUUAUCAUUCCUUUUGCAGGACCAUAACUGGUGGAAAGAAGUCAGUCCCAUAUUGGCGCUCAUAGGUGUAUUGGUAUAUCUGGGAUCUUACUCAUUUGGCAUGGGAGGAAUACCAUGGAUUAUAGUAUCAGAGAUAUUUCCCAUAAAUGUGAAGGGCUCAGCUGGAACCCUUUGCAAUUUGGUCAGUUGGUUUUGUUCUUGGGUUGUUUCAUACACUUUUAACUUCUUAUUUGAGUGGAGCUCAGCAGGAACAUUUUUCAUAUAUUCAAGCAUUUGUGGUUUUGGUGUUCUUUUCGUUGCAAAACUAGUACCGGAGACUAAAGGGCGAACAUUGGAAGAAAUACACGAAUCACUGACUCAUAUUCUGCAAUGAAUAACAUAAAAACACUAAAAGGUCUGCCAAUUAUUGCAGUAACAUGUGCUAGAUGCAAUGCAUUAGCAAUUCAGCAUCAGUGAUCUUAAUCAAAUAUUAAGAUUUUAAGAAUCAAGUUUUGGUUUAUUUCCAAGGAUUAAAUGACAUUUAGGCAAUACUAACUCCAUGUGAACCCUCAGUUGGGCUCUCUGCUAUGAAUUGAUCACACUUAUCAGUCAGCAAUAUUGCAGUUGUAUUCUAGAGGAAAUGCAACACAGCCAAACUGCUUUUCCAAUGGGAGCCAGCCUCAUGCUAUUUUCCAGAGUUUACCUAAUAGACAUGGAUAGUUAUGUCUUACAUGUCUCAUCUAUGUGUGAGGAUACCUUCAUAAUUUCGUU